AUGAGGACGUGCCUUUUAACAUACGGCCCCGCUGCACACGCUAGUGAUCAUUUCACUUACACGGAGUUGUUGCCAAUACCUAGACAUUUUGGAAGUCCGAACUUAAACCAGACCGUUUCGAAUACCUUAAAUUUCUCCGCUCACUCAUCAACACACUCUAGAGUUCCUCUGCCCGCCUUUCAUGUACCAGUUGAGAAUGUAUCAGGAAACGAGCUUAGGAGGCGAAAAGUUUACCACCGCCCCGAGCCCAGUUGUCAGCUACUGUGUAAAGGAAGGUGGAAGGACGCACUGGUCCCUCCAUCUUCGCGGAGAUUGCCAUCCUCAGAUAUCGGACCAAUCCUGAAAUGGUCAUGCAGAAAACAAUGUGAACUCUGCAAGAUGUCCAAAUCUGAAAUAAAUCCGGCUCACGCCAAUGAAGAGAAGAAGAGGAGUGACAAUCGAAUUGGAGACCACCUUGAUACCAGACAAUCAUCGAAGGAAAUGUAG